CAAAAAAAAAAAAGUGCAUAUAUGUUUGUUACAAGUUGUGUUUUUAAUCGCUAAUCGCGUUUCCAUUUCGUGGAGUUUUGUGAAGUGGAAAAUUCCUGGUUUGUCUUUUUGUGGAUUUUUGGUUCCGUAGAAACCUACUUGAAAAGAGCAGUGCAAUGUCUAAAGAAGAAGGAAACGUGGACCAAAACGCCAUAAGCUCAGAAAAAGUACAAAACGGGGGAAGUGUAAACGCGAGGGCGGUGUGUAAUGUGUGUAAGCGCCUCUUUCGGGAUCCAAAAAUCUUACCGUGUCUCCACACCUUCUGCUCGGACUGUAUCGCUCAGCUGGAGCCGUUCUCGCCGUCCUCCUCCUCCUGGGCCGGAGCGGUCAGACGCGGCAGUGGUGGCGAGGGCUCCGUGACGGUACUGUGUCCGGAAUGUGACUCUGAAGUGGACUUACCGACUAUGGGACCGGCCGGGCUCAGCACAGACCACUUGGCUCUGGAUGAGGUGUUUCUGGAGACGCUGGUGACAGACGGUCCGCUGCCCUGUGACCUCUGCGGGGAGGGAGCCGCGGAGAGCCGCUGCGAGAUAUGCGCCAUCAAUCUGUGCGAGUUCUGCUGCCAGGCUCAUAGGCGUCAGAAACGGACCUCCUCUCACUCAGUUCAGGCUCUCCAUGAGCUGAAGUCCCGUGGUCGUCUCUGUCGUCCGGUCCUCUGUUCCCUCCACCCGGGGCAGGAGCUGCGACUCUUCUGUCAGCCCUGUGAUGUGCCCGUGUGCCUGGAGUGUGCCGCCACUCUGCAUCGGGACCACUGCUGUUCUCCCACACAUGACGUCAUUGAUGGACAUGGAGACCGCAUCCGGGAACUGGUCUCAGUCCAUCUGCGUCCUCGUUUGGAGCGCCUGGAGGAGUCACUUCAAAAGGUGGAUGAGUCCCAGGAUCUCCUAACGUCCCGUGUGGAUGAAGUGGCACAGGAGGUGAGGGCAUUUGCUCGAGGAUAUGCCAGUGCUGUGGAGGCCCAUUGUCUGUCUCUGCUGCGCCGCCUAGAGGAACUACACAAACAGCGCAGAAACCAGAUACACUUACAGAGGGCUCAACUGCGCCAGGCUCUGGUGGAUGUCCGAGGUGGAGUGGAGUUUGCUGAAAGACUUUUAAGCUGUGGUUCAGAUGCGGAGAUCCUUAGUGCUAAAAGAGUGACCCUGCAAAGACUGAGCAGCCUGUCUGAAACUAGCUAUGACCCACAAUCUGUGGCAGGAGUUGAUGAUGGCUCCAAUAUCUGCUUUUUGCCCUCUGAGCCAGCAGGAGAUGUCAAUGGCUAUCCAGUUGUUGGAAUAAUCCACGGGAAGACAGCAGACCCCAGCAAGUGCUCAGUGGAAGGAGAAGGAUUGCAGCAGUGUAGUUUUGGCCAGUCUGGACACUUCACACUGGUCUGCAGGGACUCAGGAGGGGAUCAGCUGACCCGAGGAGGAGAGCACGUUGUGGUCAGCAUCGUCCAUAAAGAAAAGAGAAACUGUACCAUCGUGUCAUCCGUAGUGGACAACAGUGAUGGGACCUACAGUGUUUCAUACACUCCUGAAGAGCUUGGGCCUUACUCUGUGUGGGUUUGUGUAAAAACACAACAUGUCAAGGGAUCCCCAUUCACACUGAACAUAAAGAGGAAGCCGAGGCGCCACAGUGGGAUGUUUCAUUGCUGUUCUUUCUGCUCCAGCGGAGGGUCCAAAGAGGCUCGGUGUGGCUGCCCGGGAACUAUGCCAGGGGGAUUUAAAGGUUGUGGGCAUGGACAUAAGGGGCAUCCAGGGAAGCCGCACUGGUCGUGUUGUGGCAGUACAGUGGAGAAGUCUGAGUGUUUACCUGAGAGUGUGAUAACUGCUGUUUCUGCGCGCGGGCACCUGAGGACUGUGGAGCUCUGAGAGAAAACAGGCAGGAAUUGUCAAGAUGAUGAAACAAAGCCACUAAAGGAGCAAGACAACCAUAACGUACUGUGGUGUUAACUCAGUGUUGUUUCAAAUUGUUGUUGUUGUUUAAAUGUGCCUUUACUGAUACACUGGAGUUUUUUCUCAACUAGGUAAACCUAAUUACAGUAAUAUAUUAAUACUUUUCUUAUGGUGCUCAACACAAAGGUGCACUGUGAAACUUCUCUGGUGGAUGGUACAUGUCUUCCUUGUUUCCAUGGAAAUAUUAUUGCUUUCCCCUCUAAUAUUCCACAGUAUGGGAUUAAACACCAGGCCAAGUUACAAUUCCAAUCUGUACAUAAGUAAUAAUGCAUGCUUUUUCCCACUAUAUUUUUUGUGAUAAAAACAUCUGUAAUAAAUACAAUACAUCACAUUGUGGAACAUUUUAGGUUAAGCAAUAACAUGGAAAGUUAAAUAGUCAACUUUAAUGUACAAUAUGUUUGAUGUUUAGUAUCAUAUUAUAAAGUUGACUUAUAUUGCCUUAAAAAUGCUGCUAAUAUACCUUACACUCUAAAAAACAAAUAUAAUUUUAUAUAAUUCGAAUGACAUGCCUUAUUUCAAAUUAGUUAGUAUAAGCAAUAUGUACUAAAUGUAACCAAAUCUGAAACUAUAUUCUUAUAGACUCAUAACAUGCUUUAUUGUGGUACUCUUCAAUACUGUGAGUCAUUUGCUAAUAUAAAAGUCUUACUGUCCAGUUUUGACUGUAUUCCACUUUUGACUGUAUUUUAUGAACCAUGACACAUUAAAUUUCCAUUAUGUACUGCUGUAAUAUUUUGAAUUGUGUAAAUGACUUGCAGUACAAUAGAGUCCAGUUACAAAUGCUGAGUAACACACUUCUUCUUUCAGAAUUUCAAUUUCCAAAAUUAAUAAUAACAUUUACUAUCUAAGUUGAUAUCUACAAUGCAAAAAAAUAAAAAUAAAAAAAACUGCCAGCAAAUGUGACUGUACUAGUGCGUGCUGAAAUUUCAUGACGUCUGAACCACACAAUUUCUUUUCAUACCAGCAGGUGGCAAUGCAUAACUACUUUCCUCCUUUACCCUAAUAACACUAUCUGGCGACUUUUCUCUGCAUUAAAUAUCACCCCUAUUGGUAGAUAAGAAAUGUC